AUGGGGGGAAUGGGAGGAGGAGGAGGAGGGAUGGGGGGAAUAGGAGGAGGAGGAAUGGGGGGAAUAGGAGGAGGCGGAAUGGGAGGAGGAGGAAUGGGUGGAAUGGGAGGAGGAGGGAUGGGGGGAAUGAGAGGAGGAAUGGGUGGUGGAGGAAUAGGAGCAGGUAUGGGUACUGGUGGAGGAAUAGGGUCCAGAGCUGGCGAGCCUUACCGCCUGGCAACUCAUGAGAGUCCGACAUCCCCCCGACAUAUGCAGUCCAGCCAGGGGCCUGGCAUGGGGCAGGGUCCUGGGUCUGGUCACGGGAUGGGUCACGGUCCUGCUGGGUCUGGCAUGGCAGGCCACGGAGGUCAGAGUCCCGGUCAGCACGCGUCCCGUCGAAACCUCCAAGUCGACUUCAGUGGAUCAGGCGGCUCCAGGACAGGCCGGUCUCCAUCGGUGUCCCCUGACCGCGGCGUGACACCCACCUCACCUUACUCGGUGCCCCAGAUUGCACCCAUGCCAAGCAGCAAACUGUGCCCAGUGUGCACCACCACAGAGCUGUCCAACCCACCGGCUGUACCCAACUACAACACCUGCACCCAGUGUAAGGCCACCGUCUGUAACCAGUGUGGAUUCAACCCCAACCCGCACCUCACAGAGGUCCAGGAGUGGUUAUGUCUGAAUUGUCAGAUGCAGAGAGCUCUUGGCAUUGAUAUGACCACGCCUCGCUCUAAGAGCCAACAGCAGAUUCACUCUCCGUCCCACCAAGCCAAACCCAUCGUCCAACCUCAGCAGCCCACACCUCAGCCAACGCAGUCGGCAGGAGCAGCAGCAGCGCAGGCCAAACCUUUGGCACAGAGUCAGCCCACCCAGCGUCAGCAGCAGCAGCAGCAGCCUCAGUCUCAGCCCUACGGCCAGACACAGCCCUACUCCCAGUCCCAGCCAUACUCCCAGUCCCAGCAGUAUCCCCAGUCUCAGCCCCAGACCUACCCUCCAUCCCAGCCAGGGCUGCAGACUCAGCCUCAAGCCUCCCCAGGCUUACAGAGACACCCAGGCCCUGGCGGCCCCCAGACUCAGGCAGGGCCCUCUCAGCAGGGAAUGAGGUCCGACCCAUACUCACAGAGAGGUCCCGGAGCUCAAGGAGCUGUCAGAGGUCCCACAGGAGGCCCCAGCCAGCCUGGGGGUCCACGCAUUCCCCACCCUGGCGCUGUGCCCCUUCCUGGCUUGACUAAGGCGCCCUCCCAGCCCGAUUUGGGUCGUGGUUCUCCGAUGCAUCAGCCAAUGGCACGGCACCAUGACCAGACCAGAAGUGCCGGUUCCUCGCCGGCCCAUAGACCUCAGAGUCAGGCUCCUCCUCCCGCCCAGGAUGGACUGACCAAACUGUUUGGCUUUGGAGCCUCGCUGCUCAAUCAGGCUAGUACCCUGAUCAGUGUUGACCCUCUACCCACCGCCUCCACCCAGGCAAGCCCUGCACGAGGCAAGGUGGUGUUUAGCAAUGCAACUCCUGACACCAAGCAGCAGCAACAAGGGGUCGCUGGCACCAAACCAUUUGGGAUGGGGGGUCCCCAAAUGGGUGGACCCCAUGCGCCAACUCAGAAGCAACAGCAGCAGACUGUGCCCCAUCAACAAGGAAUGCCGCAACAGCAGUCACCUGCGCAUCAUCAAAAAGGGCCACAAGGACAACAACAGCCGCAAACACCUGCUCAUCUCCAGAAAGCGCCACAGAAGCAGGAGCCUGUAGUGGCCCCUGCGCCUGCUCCAGAGCCUGUGAAGCCUAAAGUGAACUGUCCUCUUUGCAAAACGGAGCUGAACAUCGGCAGCUCUGACCCGCCUAACUACAACACCUGUACGCAGUGCCACAGCCAAGUGUGUAACCUGUGUGGCUUCAACCCCACGCCACAUCUGGUGGAGAAAAAGGAGUGGUUAUGUCUCAACUGCCAGACUCAGCGGCUGAUGUCCGGAGGCGGUCUCGACGAUCCUCCGCUACCAGUUCCUCAUCCGUCUCCCAAGCACCAGCCAAUGGGCUCCCCUCGUCACCAGGCGCCAACCAGCCAACAAAGCCCUCUCCACAAACCCACCAGUCAGCAGGGGCCCAAGCCAGCCCAGUCCCAGAAACCGCAGGCGGGAACUGGCAGUAGCGCACCAUUUGCACCCACUGCUGCUAAACAACCUACUGACACCAAGACCAUGACACCAGUACCAACCAUGGACACCCAGAAACAGCCAAAACCCACAGAAGAGAAGCCUAAGACCGAGUCGGAGAACCAAACUGCCAAAGAGACCAAACCCUCCCAGAAGAAAGGAGAGCAGAUCACACCAAUCAAGGAAAUUAAGAAGUCCAGGCAUUAUGAUGAUACAAAAAACAACAGCACCCAUGACUUGUCACGCAGCCCUCAGAGCCUCAGCGACACCGGCUACUCCUCCGAUGGCAUCUCCAGCUCCCACAGUGAAAUUACAGGGCUAAUCCAAGAAGAGGAGAUGAAGCUGAGUGAGAGGGGAAUUACCGGACGGGGCUCCCCACCAAGCCCUUCUGAAAUCACCAAGCUAGAAAGCUCCAUGAGGCCUUUGCUGGAGAAGAGUCUCUCUGAAGAGAAGGCAGACAGAAGGGGAAGGAAGCACAGAGACAGAGAUUUGGAUGACAGAGGGAAGCAGCGCCCACGCUCCCUGUCAAUCCCACCAGAUGCAUACGACUCUGAUGAGGAACUUGAGGAUAUAAUGGAGGAAGAGGAAGAUGGGGGAGACUGGGAGGGUAAACGAAAGGAAGGAAAGGAGGAGAAGAAGGAGAAGAAAAAGAAGGAAAAAGAGGCCGAGCCCACAGAGAUGACCGAUGAGGAGUUCAUGAGGAGACAAAUAAUGGAGAUGAGUGCUGAUGAAGAAAAUGAAGAGGAGGAGGAGGAAGAGAUGGAGGAAGACGAAGAUGAGGAAGACGAAGGAUAUGGCUACCAGAAACCCAAGAAAAGCCACCACAAGCACAUCAUCUCUGACUCAGGGAAAGAGAAGAGACGCCUUCAGCACCACUCCAGCAGUUUUGAGGAGGAAACUAAGACCACGACUGAUGUUUAUAAAGGCUCAGUGGAGGAGGGUGAGGAAGAUGUGAUGGCAUCACAAGGAGGCCUGAGGCGCUUCAAAACUAUAGAACUCAAUAAUACCAAUAGCUACAGCCGAGACAUGGAGCUGAGCAAUGAAAAUGAUUUGAGCCUUGACCGGGAACCAGAGCUAGAGAUGGAGAGCCUGACAGGAUCUCCUGAGGAGCGUUCUCGGGGUGACUACUCCUCCACCCUGCCGCCCACUUCAUCCUCAUAUGGCUCUGGCCAGUCGCCCACUUCCAUCUCAUCUAUGGAGGAGGACAGUGACAGCAGCCCCAGCAGGAGGCAAAGACUGGAAGAGGCCAAACAACAAAGAAAAGCACGCCACCGCUCCCAUGGCCCUCUCCUUCCCACCAUUGAAGACUCUUCAGAAGAAGAUGAAUUGAGAGAGGAAGAAGAGCUUCUGAGAGAGCAGGAGAAGAUGAGGGAAGUAGAGCAACAGAGAAUAAGGAGUACAGCACGAAAGACCAAGAGGGAUAAGGAAGAGCUGAGGGCGCAGAGGCGCAGGGAGAGGUCCAAGACACCACCUAGCAAUCUCUCACCCAUUGAAGAUGCUUCUCCAACAGAAGAGCUGAGACAAGCUGCAGAAAUGGAGGAGCUCCAUCGAUCUUCUGCUUCUGAAUAUUCCCCUCAGAGUCUGGACUCAGAGGCUGAGGGAUAUGAGUCCAAACUCUACAAGUCAGGGAGCGAGUAUAACCUGCCCACCUUUAUGUCACUCUACUCACCGAUAGAGAAAUCGUCAACUACAACAACCACCACAGCACCAUCUUCCACUUCCAAACCACUAAAGAGUGCUGAGGAAGUUUAUGAGGAGAUGAUGAGGAAGGCAGAGAUGCUUCAAAAACAACAGAAACAACUGCAGCAACAGCAGCAGCAACAUGGAAGGCAUGGGCAGUACUAUGAGGAGGACAUUAAUGGACAAGGUUAUGAUGAUGAGUACGAAUAUGAACAAGAUCAAACAGGAUAUGACAAUGAGGCAGCAGAGACAGAAACAGAUAUUUAUGAGGAGAUCCGGCAAACGUCUCAGAACAUCACUAAGAUGCAGCAGGCCACUGAUGAGCAAGUAGAGAUUGAGAUUGAGAGCUCCUACCCGGACAAACAGCUCCUAGACACAGGCUCAGCCUUUGCUAAGCUACUAGAGCAAAGCAAUGCUCUCUUGACCCCAGGCACCAGCCCCACCCAAAUCUCAGCUCCUGUCUCCUUUGCUGAGACUGGAGGACGGAUCCCCGAUGUCCGAGUAACACAGCACUUCUCUGCAAAGGAUGGACACAAAGACAGGAUCAAGAGCCAAGCAGGAAAGAAUGGAAUAACCCCAGCAGUGGCUGCCACCACUAUUGCAGCUUAUGGAGUUUAUGCCAGAGAUGCAGUGACUAUUUCUCAGACUAGUUCAAGCCACACUAUGACCUCUACUCAGUCUGGAAUAUAUGGCCGACACACAGGAAGCGCUGCCACAUCCUCAGCUACAGUCUCAAGUGUAUGCAGCAAGAUUGCAGAGAUUACUCAAGCCUACAGUCAAAGAGAAGUGAUCACCAGAAGGGUAGGGGAGACUAGAGGUGUCCAAGUGCGAGACAGCUCAACAUCUUCUACUGAAAGAAUUACUGAGCCACGUUCUCCCAAGUAUACUACCUAUUACAGGAGUACCAGUCCUCCUCUUUCUCCAUCACCACCACCUCAGAGUCCCACCCGAUCACCUUCCAGAAGGGCAACAGCUGAGUUCUCCACACAGACUUUCAGUUCAGCAUUGCGAAUGGAAUCGUCUGGCUCUGGGCCUUCAUCUCCAGUGAUGGCUCAGGGAACCCAAACAUCACAUCGAUCAGUUUCCCCGCGCCUGUUUCGACAGCAGUCUUCCCAGGAUGCCCCAUACUCCCCACCUCCCAGCCCAGCUAGGCCAAUGACAGUAAAUACUGCUACUUCUCCUCUGUCUUCACCUACACGAUUUAGCCGACAAUCAACAUUUGAUACUUACUCCCCAUGUGGCAGCCCUCCAGACACGCCACCUUACCAACAGUCUCCUACACGCAGCUUCUACCGAACACAAAGAGUGGAGAAGGUAAAUGUGGGAACAAGUAUGGUCACCACAGCCAGCACUUACACCAGAGGGUCCAUGUCAAUGGAUAACAUCUCCCUCUGCCGAAUAUCUACAGUCCCAGGUACUUCUAGGGUAGAGCAGGGACAUAUGAUCCAAGGUGGAAGUGUUGUGGACCUCAGAACAGUUACCAAACCUGCUCCUAUUAUAAUGACUGACCAAGGAAUGGAUCUCACUUCCCUGGCCACUGAAAGCAGGAAAUACCAUGGUGGAUCUGACGGCAGCAGACAUUCAACGAUUGUACAGCCACUGAUUAUGAACCUGAACACCCAGGAGGUCACCACACCAACCACUGUGAGUGUCACUGUAGCUGCUUCAAUGUUUAUGACUCAGCCCAAACAGCCAACUGUCUAUGGUGACCCACAUCAAAACCGAGUGGAUCUAGGCCAGGGUAUGGGUGCAGCUGUGUGUCUUUCACAGAGUAAACCACAAAUCUCACCUCCAACUGACCCAUCAAUACCAAAAAUUGAUGCCAAACUGGAAGACCUCAGUGUCCAACAGAGAGAGCUACAAAAACAGCAAGAGAAGCUGCAGAAGCAACAAGAGCUCCUUGAACAGCAGUUGCAGCAGCACCAUCAGAUGCAACAGCAGCAGCAACAAGCAUCUGCUUUGGCCAGGUACAACCUUACUGGCCAGAUCCCACCUUUACUUAAAAAAGACUUGCUAGUCAGCCAGACUAGCACAGCCCCAGCUGUGGUCAGUGCUGUAUCACCAGUCAUUAACCCUGAGCUGUAUGGCACUGGUCCCAUUGAACUGAAAGGGAAGCCCAGUCCUCCUGGUUUGAUGCCAGGAGGCAAAUCACCACAUAGCAUGGUAGUACAGAUGGAUGGAGGACCAGAGCAGGCCAGGGCAGUGACUCAGCUAGUAAAGGUAGAAGAAGGACAGGAUGCUAUGGAUCAGACAGGUGGCCAAAUUAAACCUGACAACCAACCAGCCUGCUGUGAUGUUGUUUACCGACUUCCGUUUGGUGGAAGCUGUGUUGGUGGGUCUGAGAAAGAGGGCAUAAGGCCUCCAUCUGCCCCACCUCUCACCUACGAAUCUGACCAUGAGAGGCAACCUGGAAGGUACCAUGAGUAUCCAAUGGAUGGACGCAAGGCCUACACAUUACCUUUCCCUGGUAAGCUCCAGCCAUCAAUGUCUGAUACAAAUCUAGCUGAAGCUGGGCUACAGUCGUACCAUUCUAAACUAGAACCACACCUCCAACCCUCAGGAGAACUUGCCAUGGAUCUAACUGCUAUGAAACAGGGCUAUGGAGGGUAUAUGGGGAUGCAGUAUGGCUCCUACACAGAUUUACGGCAUGGGGGAGACAUCACAGCCCAAACACUGCCUAUUAGGAGAUAUAAUUCCUUGUCUAACAUCAGUUCAGACUAUGGCUACUCUGCUCGUGACAUUGCUAACUUCCAAGAAGCUAACUUAGCUCAGUACAGUGCUACAACUGCCAGGGAGAUCAGUCGGAUGUGUGCAGCACUCAAUUCCAUGGAUCGGUAUGGAAGCAACCCAGACCUGAUGCAGUUUGGCACUUUGGGGAGGGGAACUGGGCCUGGGGCCUCCAGACUUGUGGCGGGUCUUGGCAUGAGACAAAACCUUCUCUUUGGACUAGAUGGGAAGCCAAUCUCCCACAGUCAAGCACUAACCAACCUCAUCAAUGCUAGGCAGGCCAGUCUUAGAGCCAUGUAUCCUGCUGCUAUAAGGUCUGCUGAUGGUAUGAUCUACUCUACCAUUCAGACCCCCAUCGCUUCUACACUUCCCAUCACAACCCAACCUGCCUCUGUUCUCCGCCCACUACUGAGGGGCGUCUACAGGCCAUACCCCUCUGCCAACAUGACCCCUGUACCCCUAUCCAGUCUCAGCAGACUACCAGUGGGCCCCAGAAUGCCCUUAUCUGGACAAGCUCCAGUCCGUUACCCAGCACCAGGUCUUCUCCAAACAACAUCAGCUACUGCCACUACUGAUGCUGCUGCAGCAACUUCAGCACCAGUAGGGGCCCCAAUGUCUGUUUCCAUGACAACUACUAGCUCUACAGUCCAGGAUGAACCGGUUUACCUUGGUAAAGGUGCCACAGUGACCUCCUCAUCAGCAGAAGCCACCUCAGUAGGAGGAACAGUUAGCAUACCAACUGAGCCACAGCAGCAGCCAAUAAACCUGUCCCAGGCACACCUGAACAGUCAACAGCAACAACAACAAGUGACAACUGCUCAACAGCCUCCUCCAGCAGCCCAUGCCUAUCCACCGCCAGGUCCUUCACACACCCAUGGCUACACUCAACCUCCAGUAGGCCCCUCUGCCCCUUCCAGUGGUUUGCCCAUGCCAGGGGGUCUUCCUCCCUUUCCUCCACCAGGUGCCAUACACAAGGAGGGUGAAACUGAGGCAGAAAGGUUGCAUCGGCAGCAGGAGCAGCUCCUGCAGAUGGAGAGGGAGCGCGUAGAGCUGGAAAAACUCCGGCAACUGCGGCUGCAGGAGGAGCUGGAACGGGAAAGGGUAGAGCUGAAGCUGCACAGGGAGAAGGAGCAGAUGCUGGUGCAGAGAGAGUUACAGGAGCUGCAGAACAUCAAGGAACAGAACAAGCAGUUGAAAAUCUUUCAAGUUAACUCUGUUAAACAGGUUUUACAGCAGCAGCAACAAGAACGCGAGAAACAACUUGUUCUCCAGAGGGAGCAGCUGGCCCAGCAGAAGUCCCAGCUAGACCAGAUCCAGUCUUUACAGCAGCAGCUCCAGCAGCAGCUUGAAGAGCAAAAGAGACAGAAAACAGCUGCUGUAGCUCAGAGCAUACAGCUGGAUGUAAAUGGACAGCCCCUGCACCCCUACAUGGAUUCUCAGAUGGGCUCCCGUUCCCUCCCAAACUCCUCAUCAGAGAUAUGUCUGAGGAGUCAGGAGGAGCACAUGGAGACCAGGAGUAACAUGAGGAAACACAGCUCCAUGACCAGGCUGAGCAGGGACAGCUUGGACGGCGACGGUGUUGUGUUCUACGGCUCCCGCAGGAUCGUGGACAGCUGUGUGCAGACAGACGAUGAAGACGGAGAGGAGAGGUACAUGAUGCGUCAUCGUACCAGGAGGCGCGGUCGCAGCGUUGAUUGCUCUGUCCAGACAGACGAUGACGAGGACAAGGCUGAGACGGAGCACCCCGUCCGCCGAAGACGUUCCCGUUUCUCACGGCACUCUGAGUCCAGUGCGGCUGGCAGCAGCACUGCCACUACAAAUAGUGUAGCUUCUGACACAAAAACCGACACUUCCAAGAUGCAGUCCUCCAGUAUCGCCGUCCAGACCAACAGGGAAAUGUCUUGCCAGACAGAAGUGGAACACCUAGGAAGAGUCUCCCCAGCAAUUCACGUGACAGUACCAGAUCCAAAUAAGGUAGAAAUUGUGCACUACAUCUCUGGACCUGAGCGAACCCAAAAAGGACAGUCUUUGGCGUGCCAGACUGACCCAGAAGCCCAGUCACAGGGUGUCGUAGCUCCACAGCUCAGUGUACCAACCACAGUCAGUCCAUAUUCUUCCUCCACCAGCACCGGAACACAACAAUCCAGUUCUGUCGACCUUCUGACCCAGCAGCGCCAGCAGCAGCACAUUGCAGCCAACGCAGCCAAGUUCGAGCGACGUCGCCCUGACCCGCUUGACAUCACUUACCAGCCUCACAACCACCUCCACAACGAGUCCAUCUCCAGCAUCAUCCGCCAGCAGCAGACAGCCCCCAAAUCUCCACAAGUCCUCUACUCUCCUGUCUCCCCGGUGUCCCCUCACCGCCUGUUGGAGACUUCUCUCUCUAGUGAGCGGCUGAACAAGGCCCACGUCACACCUCAGCAGAAGUCCUACACAGCCGAGUCCCCUCAGCGACACCCAUCUGUGCCCCGACCCAUCAAGAGCACCCAAAGGUCCAUGUCAGACCCUAAGCCUCUCAGCCCCACCACAGAUGAGCACACCAAGGCCAGGCUGUCCCUGUAUCAGCAACAAGCACUCCAGAGCCAGCUGGCAGCCCUACAGCAGAGCUCACUGCUCCGUAAGGUCAAGCGAACCCUGCCCAGCCCUCCUCCAGAGGAGACUACUACAUCAGCUCAUCUGCCCAUGAUGACGCCUGCCCUUCAACAGGUCUACCUGCCCUCCGUGCCCAGCCUCAAGCCCAGCUCCCGAUCCGGCCUGGCAGCUAAAGCCAGCCUCCUCAAAGACCUCACCCAUGAGCUGAAGGCCGUUGAGCAAGAGUCGACCAAGCUGAGAAAGCAACAGGCUGAACUGGAGGAGGAAGAGAAAGAGAUUGAUGCUAAACUGAGAUACCUAGAGCUGGGGAUCCACCAAAGGAAAGAGACACUGGUCAAGGAGAGGGAGAGGAGGGAUAUUGCCUACCUGAGGUGUAUGGGGGACACAAGGGACUAUAUGUCUGAUAGUGAGUUGAAUAACCUACGUUUAGCAGCUGCAGCUGCAUCACAUGAGACCAAUGGGCUACUGACAACGAGGCCAAGCACCGCCCCUCUCAGCCAGUUCACCAGUGAUCUCAACACGGCAGCCCAGUACCCGCCCACUUCGUCCUUCCUCUCCUGUCAGUACCCCCAGAGCCAACCAGCAGCACCAACUCAACAAUCAAGUGUGCCAUACCAGUCUUCAACAUUCAACCAGCCUCCCUAUCCAACAGUGUCUCAGUCCCAGGCACUGCCACAGCCCACACCCCUCCAGAGCCACAUGCCCCCUCCCGGACCUUCUUAUCAGUCUCAAACCUCCUAUCCUUCCCAUACCUACCCCCAAACUCAGCCCCCAUACCCCCAGACAGACAUGGGGUUACCAGCUGCACCUCAGCCUCAGCCCCAGCCAGGACAUACAGGUUUUGGGCCUGCACCACCUGGUCAGCCCCCAUACCCCACCCACAGCUCACCUUAUCCCAGCGCUGUGUCUUCCUACCCCAGCCAGACCACUCCAUACCCUGGGCAGCCCCAAGCCGAUAUCCUGACAGUCCACCCUGGAAGACCCAGGCAGACUUCGUUAGCCGAUCUGGAGCACAAGAUGCCCACCAACUACGAGACGAUCAGCAACCCCACAGUCAUGGUCACCACCACGGCCCAGGAUGCUUCUUAUUCCAGUUCAGCCCCCUCUUAUGGUCAGUACUCUGGAACAACAACCAUGGCCAGCUCCUAUGGGCCCUAUGGCUCAGCACCAGUGUCCAGCAGCUACGGUGGGUACUCUACCAUGCCACCUAGCUCUUAUGGGCAGUAUACUUCAACAUCAGCUAGCUCAUAUGGCCAAUAUACCACAACCACUGCUAAUACUUAUGGCUACACCACCACCACAGCCAGCUCUUACGGACAUUACACUUCUACAGUUUCCAAUGCUUAUGGGCACUCUGUAGACAGUCCCUCAACCUACAGCACAGCAGAUGGGAUGUAUGGGGCUCCUGGCUUAGAGCAAAACAUCCCAAGGAACUACAUGAUGAUUGACGACGUAAGCGAGCUGACGGCAAAAGACGGGCUGGGCACGACGACAGUGGACAUGAUGCAUCAUGGCGGCAGUGGGCGUUACCCGGGCGAUAUCCAUGGCCACAGCAGCACCAUUGGCAGCACGACGCGUGGGGGAACUGGCAGCUCCUCGUAUGGCAGGGCACCCGAGGAGGAAGCAGCGAUGCAGGAAGAGCUGUACGACCACCAUGGCAGGGGUAAGAGCAGCUACAGGCACGGACCUCUAGGGGGCAGCAGCAGCAGCGUGAGCGCUAGCAUGGGUGGGGGAUCCCCCUAUUACUAUGACUACGACUACAAACAUGGCAGCAUCCGCUCUGGGGUACAGAAACCUUCGCCAUCCUCCAGAAGCCUUCUGGCUCCUGCUGUCAUGUCUUCCAAGCGCAGCAAGCACAGGAAACUGGGGAGUAUGGAGCAAAAAAUCUCCAAGUUUUCCCCCAUUGAGGAGGCUCGGGAUGUGGAGGCAGACCUGGCCUCCUAUUCCUCAGCAACAGGUGGGGCUUACCCUUCCUCCCACAUUCGAGGGCGCCAGCUGAUUGAGGAUUACGGCUUUAAGAGGAGUGCUUAUGAGAGCAGCAGUGGCACCAGUCAUGGUAGUCGAUACUAUGGUUCAAUGGUGGAGGAGGAUGAUCGGAUUUACUACACCUCCACCGGCCGCUCCCGUUCCACCGGCUACGGCAUGGACAAGAUCUCAGCCAGGGACUACCCUGGGUAUCGCAGCCGAUCCUAUGAGAGGGACGAUCGUUCCUACAGAUCUGGCUACAGCCAAGGGCGCCACCCAACCCGGCAGUACUCUGAAGAGGAGAGUCCACUCAGUCCCCUGGGAAGGUUCAUGGGUUCUGGCCGAUCAUCAAGCUUAGGUCACGACCCGUACGACAGUCGCAGCAGUAGAUAUCAUUACUAUUAUGGCCAAUAUGGUUCCAGCCACUCGCUGCCAGACGUACAAGACCACAUACGGGACCUUCCUCGGACACAUGUCUACAAAUCGGAUGAUACAUACAUAAUAGACGAUUAUCAUUGCGCUGUGUCAGACAGCGAAGCCUACCAUCUGGGCCAGGAAGAAACUGACUGGUUUGAGAAGCCACGCUCCAGUUCUCGACACUACGGCAGCAGCCACUCAUCUGGGAGAAGUCGGCAUGGUGUCAAACACACCUAUCAUGAUUAUGAUGAGCCUCCUGAGGAGGACCUGUGGCCCCAGGAUGAGUAUGGCCACGGAGGGCGCCACUCUUCAUCCCGUGACCAUCGGCAUCACGGCAGCUCCAGUCGACACUCGUCCUCAUCACGUCAUUCAGAUGAGCCAAGGUCCUCAAGGUCAUCUAAGGGGCACCCCAAAGACCCAUCAAUGAGGCACGACCCUUCAGGCCGAUCUUCAUCUUCAGGAAGGCGUGGUGAGUCAAGAUCUGGGGGGUACCACUCUUCAGACUACUCGCGGGAUCCAUCUGGGCACCACCAUGGCCAGCGCUCCUCCAGACAGGGGGACCCACACCGGUCCUCACGCAGCAAGUCCCAGCAGCCAGUGGACAUGCAGGGCCAACCGCCAGGCUCCUCCAGGUCUGGCAGCAGCUCUGCACGGGCUCAGGGCCCCCCAGGCGGGCCUACAGGCUCAGGCCGACAAGGCGGUCCGGGUUCCCAGACAGAUGGGGGUCCAGGACAGAGGACCCAGCUCCAGCAGCAAGCCCAGACAUCAACGGCCAGGCCAGGGCAGCCUGGGGCCGCAGCGACUACUGGACCUCAGCAGCAGACCCCAACCCAGGGUCAAGGCAUGGGCAUGGGGCAGGGGCAGGCCAAGCCAGGGCCGAUGGGACCAGCAGGUGGACCCAUGGGGCAGGCCAGGCAGACAGGUCCAGCAGGAACCACACCAGUCACCAUGGCCAAGAUCGACACGCCUCCGGCGACAGCUAUUGGAGCAAAGGCAGCGCCCGUCAUGGCUUCGAAAGCCGCCCAGCCCCCACUCACAGGCAUAGGCUCCAAGGCAGCUCCUAGGCCAGGAGGUAUUGGCAGUGCAGCAGCAGGUCAGCCAGGCAUGGAGGGAGACAGCGUGUUGUCCAAGAUCCUGCCUGGAGGAGCUGCUGAGCAGGCCGGCAAACUGGGAGAAGCUAUCUCCGGUUUUGGCAAGAAAUUCACCUCUUUCUUCUGAGGUGCUAAGAUUAAGGACUAUGUAAAUGUCAACUGAUGAAGCCAUGAGGCCUCGUACCAGAAAAACCUGUGAAGUUCCUGCUGCUUUUGUUUUACUAAAAGAGAGAGAGGAAGGAAGGAGGGAGAGAGAGAGAAAGGAGGGGGACUGAGAGGAGAGCUGAGCAUACUGCCAACAAGGACUGGGAUCCUCCAGAUACUUCAUGUCUCAGGCCUGAGCACACACUGACAGAGAGAACACGCUGCUCUCUCUGACGGGCCAGACAAUCAUUCCAAGCCAACAUCCAUCUUCAGAAGGACUAUCCUUGUUCAUCCAGCAUACCCAGCCAAAGACCGCAAACCAAACUACUGCGGAGCCCCUAGAACCAUCCUGUAGUAGUAGUACAAAAGAGCAGCUGGGGGCCAAAAAUGGCUAUGAAUUCAAGGAAGCAAGUUUGUUUUUUGCUGCUCUUUCUCUGUGCUAAUAGAGGGAUCUGUGUCGACAUCACUGGAGUCCU